AUGACGUCGAAUCGAGAUCAAAUUCCCAACUUCUACAACCAAGGCUAUUUAGGGUUUAGGGGUGUGGACGAUGAAAUCAAAGCUCGGGGCAAUCGUCAGUUGGGGGGAUUUCCCAUCUCCAACUUCAACAACAGAUUUGAUGUGGGUGAAUCGCGCCUCGCUAAAAUCAAAGCUAAGAUCUCUGUGGAGGACUUUGAAUACUUGAAGGGAUUUGCCAACUCAAACAAAAUAAUUGAUGAGGACGACCCACGCCUCGUUAAAAUCAGAGCUAAGAUCUCGGAGGAGGACGCUAACUACUUGAAGGGACUUGCCAACAAAAGAUUCGGAGGAGGACGCUUCGCUAAAAUGAAUGGUAGUACGGCCAAAAGUGUCCGCCCCCGAUUUCUCGACAACAAUGUCGGAGAAGACUUUUGCCAUGUUGAUCUUUGGGAUUUGCUAGCCUCCUACAAAUGGGAAGAGUACAUGAUGACUAGAGUUUCUGAUGAAGAAUCCAUCGUUUUGGCUCAAAACUUUUGA